GGAUCAGAUCUAGGGGAUCUACCGGAGACGGUGAAACGCGCGCGCGCACACACACACACACACACUCACUUUUACUCAUGAAGUCAGCCACAGCUCUAGACACCGCCACUUGUCUUGACUCAAAAACUCGCCAUCUGCAACAUGCGCGACCAUCCAAAUAUCAACGAACCCGGCAAGUUGGAACAUUCUACUCCCAGUUGAUUCGUAUAGAUGAUCGACCCUGCGUCUUAUUCUAGAUUCUUUCUUUUACGAUGUUGAGUAGUAAUAUGUUACAUUCAUCACUGUACUAAAAACGUGGAAAAUAGUAAGGUGGUUCUAUUUGUUUGGUGGUGUGGUGGAAGCACUGCAAUGAUUCUACGUAUAGUGAUAAACGUGGCGUGAAAUGCGAGGUGUAAGCACUGCGGACCGCUGCAACAGGAGGAUUGUAAUAUUCACCUCAGAACUACAGCGGCUGCUCUGACAGAGCUGGGUACUUGAGACGGACGAGCGGCACCGAACACCAAGUUUGUGAUGUGGUGGCAGGCUUGUAAUUGUGCUGGUAUCAUGGGUUUCAGGUCCUUCGGCAUGGCUCCCAGAACACUGUCCACGCAACAUUUGGAUUAGAUACUCUGGAUUGCUGGGGUACCAGUUUCAGGAGGGCCUUCGGCAAUGCAUCAGUGUUGUCGAAGUCCUGUUCUCGGCGGUGGCUAUUCUUGAGUGCGUCCGGUUGGAGUGGUUUCGUAAGGCUGUUGUUUCAGUGACAGAAAAUUCACGGCACUGAUGUCGAGAUUGUCGCCUACAAUUGAAUUUGUUGUUGUAGCGGUGUUCGCUUGACUCAUGUCAACGUCGGAAUCACGUCUUCUCUCAACGGCGAAGAAUUUGGUUUUUCAAAUGCGGUCAUUCUGUAUGUAAAGUGGGUACCUUCAUGGCUAAGCAAGGAGGCAGUUCAAACAGCUAGCUGUACCCGAAUCCCGUUUGAAUUUCUCAAGGAAGAAAAAUACACGUUAGGGAGCACGUUAUUGAAUUAGGCAGGAAUAGGUGCGAAGUGCGGUGGAGGAAAAUGGCGGUUGGUGACGGAGUUUUGGGUGUGGCCCAUUCGACGUCGCUCAAAGCUUCGGAGCUUGAAGGGAAUGCAGAGCACAUGACUGUGGUUUCGAUCUGUCUCUUCGUUUCUUUGCUGUGUGCGUGCAUUGUAGUGGGACACCUACUGGAAGAAAAUCAGUGGACGAACCAGUGUGAAACUGCUCUUCUUUUGGGACUCGGAACAGGAAUCAUUGUUUUGAUUGCGAGCAAGGGCUAUAGCUCUCACGUUCUGAAAUUCAAUGAGGAGCUUUUUUUCAUAUAUCUUCUACCCCCGAUUAUUUUUAAUGCUGGGUUCUCGGUGAAAAAGAAGGAAUUUUUCCGGAACUUCAUUGCGAUCAUGUUAUUUGGGAUCGUUGGGGUGUUUAUAUCUUUCGCAAUUAUAUCAGUAGGAACCUGGCUCUUAUUCCCCAAGUUAGGACUCAAAAACCUGCCUGUUCGAGACAUUCUUGCCAUUGGAGUCAUCUUUUCUGCAACCGACUCGGUCUGUACUUUGCAGGUGCUCGACCAGGAUUCGACUCCUAUGUUGUACAGUCUAGUAUUCGGAGAAGGCGUCGUGAACGAUGCUACCUCUGUGGUUCUGUUUCGGGCUUUCCAGACUUACAAUUUCGACCAUUUCACUCCGUUGGACGGCUUGAAAAUUGGGGGGAAUUUCUUGUAUUUAUUCUUCACAAGUACUGUUUUGGGAAUAGUGUCAGGGCUGGUAAGCGCAUACAUCAUCAGGAAAAUAUAUUUCGGCAGGGAGUCCACGGAUCGUGAGAUAGCGAUCAUGAUAUUGAUGGCAUAUUUAUCUUACACCUUUGCAGAGCUUUUUGAACUGACCGGUAUACUAUCGGUAUUCUUUUGCGGCAUUAUGAUGUCCCACUACACUUGGCAUAAUGUCACGGAGCAUUCUCGAACUACAACCAAGCAUACUUUUGCAACAAUGUCGUUCAUUGCAGAGGUUUUCAUAUUUCUGUAUGUUGGGAUGGACGCGGUGGACAUAGACAAAUGGAGACGGACUCAAUCCAGUUUCAGGGAAUCUGCUGGUCUCCUCGGUGGGUUGAUGUUCAUCAUUAUGUUAGGGAGAGCCGCAUUUGUUUUCCCGCUCUCUGCUUGCUCCAACUUCAUGACAAAUUCUCCAAGGGCCAAGAUCAACCUUCGUCAAAUGUCAAUUAUCUGGUGGGCUGGAUUAAUGCGAGGAGCUGUCUCAAUAGCUUUGGCGUUCAACCAGUUCACCAUGGAAGGUGAUGCUCAACGUAUAUACCAAAACGCCACGGUGAUUACCAGUACAAUCACUGUUGUCCUCACCAGCACAAUUGUAUUCGGCACGUUAACCUCGCCUCUAAUCGCCUGGUUAUACCCGCCCCAGCAUAGGCCAACCCACCCAUCGAAGACCGUUAUCUCCCCAACAGCCUCGCUCAAUUCCCACUUCCACAUCCCGCUCCUCCACGACGAAGAACAACAGGACACCGAAGACGGACCCCAAGACGGAACCACGGUGGGACGGUUCUUCGCCGGCAUUCCUCGUCCUCACAACGCAACCGCGUUGAUAACAGCCCCAAGGUCCACCAUCCACGACGCCUGGCGGAAGUUCGAUGAUGCGUUCAUGAGGCCCAAAUUUGGAGGCAAAUGCUACGAAAGGAUCCACUCCCACAAGAACUCCAAAAACCCUUCCCAAGAUCUAGACGACGACGAAGAUGAAGAAUAUGAUCAAAGCUGAACUGGGUCCAUUCUAGUAUCCUCGAUGCCAUAACUUUGCAGCACUGGCUGUGACUCCUGGGAGUAUUUUCUGCAGCACCCAGCUGAAACUGCAAGCGGUGUAGGAUCACCGUAGUUCACGAACACAAACGUUUGAGGAACUGGACUCAGUUUUUGUGCAUUCUGUCUUCGAUUUCUGGCUGUUUUUGACGUGUAGGGUGGUUGUUUCUAGCCUGGCAAUUAAACCAUCUAGGCACUAAUUUCACUGUCAUAUCAUCGAAGUUUUUAAUGCUUAGUUCCUGCGCUCGGUGACAAGAUUGAGGAAUCCAUGAACUGGGAUUUUGUUGCAUGAUGUGUAGUUAGUGAAUCUACAUGUAAGAAUUGUUUUGUAUUUAACAUUUAUUUUUUUAUUUUUAUUUUUAUUUUGUUUGUUAUGUUU